AUGGCCCAAUACCCAGCCCAGACAGCAUCCAGCCUGAGCCCGACUGUAUCUUCUGCUCCUUCAACAAACGCCGCCGCUGCUGCCCCAUCCGCGCCGACAGCAACCGCUGCCUCCCAGCCUGCUGCACCCCAACACAAACGCGUUUACCAGGCCUGUAUCCCGUGUCGCCGUAGAAAGGUCCGUUGCGACUUGGGAAGCGUCGACAACCCCCACGAUCCGCCUUGCGUGCGAUGCCGACGCGAGAGCAAAGAAUGCUACUUCAGCGCGACCCGACGAAAGCGCAAGACGGAAGAUGGUGCCGACGAACCUGAAGACAUCGACGAAUACACCAUCCGCAAUGGCCGUAAGCGUCUCCACGUCGAAGACAGUCCCCCUGUCGCCAUCGACCGCCGACUCUAUAGCGAAGUUCCCUUGACCCCCGGCGGUUCCAUCGGCCGAAACCAACCCCUCCGUCGACCGACCGACCCCGGUAUCCCCUCCGGUUCGCGCGGCGCUGUAACCCCGAGCACCGUCAGCCAGGCCGAUAGCACGCGCCGCGCAGAGUUUGGCACCUUCGAGGACGAGCCCAACGCCCAUCUCGAGAACGCGGAGGCCCAGGACCUCAUGCGCCCCGGUGUAUACGGACCCCACGAUGCUUUGGACCUGCUGUAUAAGGCGGCCACGGAUAGGUCAGUCCAGCUCCGCCAGUCCCAAGACGCGGCUGCUUACCCUCUCCCGGCUCACAGCCCUGUGACGAACCACAAGCGCCACGAGAGUGUCGCAUCUAUACCGGCCUUGCCCCCGCAGCCCAUGAUUGUGACCCCGGGCGCGACCAUGAAGCCUGCGAGCGCCGGCCGUCCCUCUGUGUCGAACAAGCCGGAGCCACCAAUCAUCGAUCCCGAGCUGACGAAGCGGGAUCUCUCUGGGGAACCUGGAUACCAAGAUGCCAUCAAGGCUUGGGGAAGGUUUAGAUUCGUCAGGGCUGGCUGGUUCUCUGCGCAGGAGGCCAUUGAUUACAUUGACUACUCUGGACCUAUCUGCGAGGGAUGA